AUGCCUUCGGGCGGUGACCACGAGAUGGUCGAUCUCGACGAUUCCGGCCCCUCGUCAUACGCAUCCGGACUCGGCAUCUCAAUGAGAUCGGGCCCGCCUCCGGCUUCAAGAUCAAGUCCACCAGAGACACCUCUUUCGCACCACGGUCUUCUUGGUUCAACUUCUUCAGCUGUCGCUUCACCGAAUUAUCCCCCAGAACCAUAUCUAAGUCCCAAUAUGGUGAAGACCAGCAAUCAACAAGGUACGCCGGAGCCAUUUUCAGAGAUUUGGACUCCGGCUGUUCCUCACCCAGCUUCAUCACUCAGUGGAAAUACGGCAGAGGAAUCUCAUAAUCUCAAGGAUUCACCUAAUACGGCCCGUGGUUUCAACUCGCCGGCUUCAAACUUGGAUGGGGAAAGGACGCCGACUAUUGUAGGACCGAGGGGGGAGGUGAUAGAUGACGACUUUGACGACGAUACGUUUUAUAAGAAAUUUGGCGAACCUCCAAGUCACUGCUCCUCCGACCAAGACAUUCACCAAAGUAGAAGGAGAUGGCUCUCUAUUACGAUCUACGUUCUUUCACUUUACUCCACCAUCAUGAGCAGCAUCUGGCUUGUCACAGCUAUUGUACAGCCCAGAUGGGGUCACGGCAUCUCAUCGAAACAUGGCCUUGUGCCCUCGACAGCGACAACUGUUGCCGCGCUUCUCGCAAAAACGAUUGAAAUGUCUUUUGUGACAGUUUUUGUCUCCUGCCUGGGUCAAGUUCUCACACGAAGGGCGUUUAUCCGCAAGGCUCAAGGAAUGACACUCGCAGAAAUGACAAUGCGAAAUUGGGUCAUUCAACCAGGCUCUCUCAUCACUCACUUUGAGACCCUCCCUUCUUCGUCAAUGACUAUCCUCGGUAUGCUGUCUCUGACGGCAACGUUCGCUGCAGCAUUCUACACUACCGCCUCCGACGCCAUGGUCUCUCCGAAGCUCAAGUCCGGGGGCUGGGAAACUAAGGAGCUAUCGGGCUAUGUGCGCGCGUCGUAUGCCAACGCACAAUACGUCUCUCACGACUGUCCCUAUCUCUUCAACAUUGACAAGACCGAUAUCCACGCGGCCGAGUCCUGUAUGAAUGUGCAGUUUUCGGGCCAGUCGUACCGCAAUCUCUUGAGUUUUAUGGGCACAUGGACAAACAUCAACCAGAACAGCACCAGCGUUGGAAAUGAUCUAUCGAAACGACCGACGGGUACGACGCUUCUCUUUGACAACACGACUAUGAUGUCGACUUGGAUCGAGAGGGAGCAUAGCAACGUGACGGCGCAGUUUGAAGAGACGGGGAGAAUCAUUAAUAAUGUCACACUCGCUCUGCCUCACCCCGGCGUUUACGGCGCUGCGACCCUGCCAAAGAAUGGCAUCCUUCAGCCAGAUGACCUCGCCGGAGUUGGAGAAUACGCCGUCAGAGCUGGAGUUGUCUCACCUUCAGUCAACGUUCUGUGUGUCGACGCGGACAAGAAGGACCUUGCCCCGCUCGUCUAUACGGAAUGGCCUAAUGCACUGGUCAACGAAACGGAUGUGGGCGAUCAAGUUACGGGGUGGGAUGGUUGGGCUGGUGAAGUACCUCAACCGACCAAGAAGGGAGGAAAGCCGGAGUAUCUCAACCGAACGGUCCUUGAUGACAUUUUCAAAUGGGGGCCAAAGUACGAGCGAAGGCCUCCAGUGUUUCAACUCUACCCCUACGACUACAACCUUCUCUCCAACGGCACCGUUUACGAAGGUGACGCCAUCUACAUGCUGGGGAAGUCGGCCGGAAACAAGAACUACACGAUCUGCCAGCUACGCUCCUGGGUCUCUCCCAACUGCUCCACGCAGUUCAACAUCUCUGGCACAGCUGGAGCUAACAUGGAGGCGCACUGCGAGGAUGACGAGGACGAAAAUGCCUACCGUCGAUCAUUCCCGCCUGACCAGGGUUGGUCUCUUCCUUCUCUGGACUGGAAGUGGCUCGCUGAUCAAUGGCGAUUAUCCAUGGACCUCAACGGCGGUGCCAUUAACAACAACGCCUCCAAUGCCCGUAUCCUGACCCAGCUUGCCCUUCACGAGCCCAAGCUUCCAUCGAACCUACCCUCAAUGGCUGAGGCUGUCGCCGUUUACUCAAGCGCCCUCAUCAUGAUUAGCGCCAUCGAUACCCCCUUCCGACACUACUGGGACUACAAAGCGCCCAAUAACUGGGUCGAGGACGGCCCAGGGUUCCUGCAAACAUUCAACGCAUCGCUCAUCACGCAACAGUACACGUCAGGCCAUACAAACGACUGGCAAAAUAUCUUUUACGUGGUCCUCGUGCUCGUCUUCGCCAUCAAUCUCUUCUGUCUAUUCUACUUCAUCAUGCGGUCUGGUUUGGUGACCGACUUUACCGAGCCGCAAAACAUGUUCUCUUUGGCCGUCAACAGCCCACCGAGUUAUGCGCUCAACGGCAGUUGCGGAGGAGGACCUGAGAAGAGGCAUCUUGUGGUGCCAUGGAAGGUGGCAUUUGCUCCAAGUGCGAACCACUACUUCUUUCAGGAUACAGCAGGUGGCAAAGAGCCAUCGCAAGGGUUGAGCACGGCGAGGGAGUAUGGCCAGCCAAGAGCGAGCAGUUACAAGAGACUGAGUUCAAGCAAGGGAUGGCUAUAG